AUGACGAUGGACCUAAUGCGGACAUACGAAAAGGAUAACGGAGUGGUGGGGGUUGAUGAUUUAGAUCUAUGGCCCGUCGACUCGGACGCGUUCAGUUUCCUCUCUAUGACUUCCUCCGCUGGAUCUAUUGAAAUGCUGAAGCAACACCCGCUCAUCAAUAGUCCCCCACGACAUCGAGGUCAACUUGUCUGUUUGGCUCGACUUGCUAUCAUUUCCGCGAGAACCUUCUUUUCAUUAAAGCUUUAA